AUGUAUAUGCAUCCCAGUGACAAGUUCCCUGAGUUCCUGGCCAAAUUCCUACUGCUGGUCAAGGAGCUGGCUCUUCCCUACAUUGGUGAUGAUAAGACUUUCAAUGACUUCACAGCUUAUGUGGGCACAGUAGUCCAGUCCUUGAAUGUCAAUGCUCAGGAGAUCAAGCACUGUAACCUUAAUUGGAGCUCUCAAAAUGACUCCAACACCAACUCCUCUAAGACUGUCAACAGCUCAGGCAGCACUCAACUUGAUGGCAAUGCACAACAGGAACUGAUGAAUCAGGGCAAAUGCUUCCACUGCAGGGGAAUGGGUCAUAUAUUCUGAGACUGUCCCUGACAAAAGAAGAACAGCAACACCACUCAACUCCACAGGAUGGAAGUGACCCCAGAGACAUUGAAUGACAACUCAGGAAAUGGGGAUGCCUAGGC